CGGGCGUCAGCUCAGGGGUGCCGUCGAGGAGACAAUAGGGGGCGUGGGCCCUCGUUUCCUCCCUCCGUCGCCUGCAGUCCCCGUCGGGGUCCCCAUUGUUUGAAGGGGCGGGGCGGCUCCCCUAGGAACCAGUGGCUUUGGGGCCAGACUGCGGGCGGCCGGGGCCGGCCCCCUCCUCGCUAUCGCCCUCGCGGGUGACUGAAGGGUGGCGCUCCCGGCGCCCCGCGAGGGCUCUCGUGUCCUCGCGGCCGGGGCGCGGAUAGCUUGGGUGGCAGCAGGGCUUUCCUUACCCCAGUGGAUUUUGUAAAGGGUAUACUGCCAGUCUCUUCUGUUCACCAUGGCUUCUUCUGAUAUUCAGGUGAAAGAACUGGAGAAGCGUGCCUCAGGCCAGGCUUUUGAGCUUAUUCUCAGCCCUCGGUCAAAAGAAUCUGUUCCAGAAUUCCCCCUUUCCCCUCCAAAGAAGAAGGAUCUUUCCCUGGAGGAAAUUCAGAAGAAAUUAGAAGCUGCAGAAGAAAGACGCAAGUCCCAUGAAGCGGAAGUCUUGAAGCAGCUUGCUGAGAAACGAGAGCAUGAGAAAGAAGUGCUCCAGAAAGCAAUAGAGGAAAACAACAACUUUAGUAAAAUGGCGGAGGAGAAACUGACCCACAAGAUGGAAGCUAACAAAGAGAACCGAGAGGCACAAAUGGCUGCCAAACUGGAGCGUCUGCGAGAGAAGGGUAAGCACAUUGAAGAAGGGCGGGAGAACAAAGAAUCCAAAGAUCCUGCUGAUGAGACUGAAGCUGGCAAAUUUGGUCAGAGAACUGACUUUCUCCCCCUCCCCUUCCUAAAUAUCGAAAGACUGUACUGGCCAGUGUCAUUUUUUUCUUUCCCUCCUGACAAACAUUCUAGAAACUGAUGUAGGACUGUAUAGGUGGAUCCACACUGUAAGAUGUUGUUUUAAGGGGCUAAAGGGGAGAAACUGAAAGUGUUUUACUCCUUUUCUAAAGUGUGGUCUUUCUAAUGUAGCUCUUUUACUUGUUGCAUCUUUUCUACUUCAGUGUACUAGGUGUACGGGGUUCAUGGCUAGUACUGUAUGGACUGUGAAAACAUAUUUGUGAAAAGAGUAUGUAGUGGCUUCUUUUGAACGGUUAGAUGCUGAAUAUCUGUUCACUUUUCAAUCCCAAUUCUGUUCCAGUCUUACCAGAUGUUACUGGACUUGAAUGGUUAAUAAAACUGUACAGUGCUGUU